AUGGGAGAGAUUGAGGUUUGGAAGAAAGGUGUUACUGCCGUGACGGCGAAAACAUGGGCCCCGCUCUUCGCCAAAAUCGACGAGCCGACAAUGAAAAUAUUGCGAGUGCAUGUGGCACGAUUGAAUUCCGUCGCCCACGGCUCUCAAGUCUGCCGCAGAGGCAAUUCAUUGGAUCUCCUUCGCGUUGGGAGAGAUUGGAGUACAGUCGCGCAAACAAACACCUUCCCUUCCACGAAUGAUCCCCGGGCAGCUGUCGUCAACGGGCUUCAAAAGAAGAACGAAAAACUAAUGAAGAAAAGUGUCUUUUCCGAGAAGGUCUCUAAUUCGCGUCCAAACACCCCAGUUGGAGCUGCAAGUCCAUGA